UGGCAUACUUCGUCUCCUAUACCACCAACCGCUGAUCCGACCUCUCCCGCCGCCCUCUCAGAGCAAAUACGGUCUAUAAUGCGGCUACUCCCACACUCUGUCGUCGUCUGCACAUCAAUACAUGGAGAGACUCCAAGAGCAAUGACCAUGUCGUCGUUUACAUCUCUUACUCUCUCUCCAACACCAUUGAUAUCCUUCAACAUUGCGACUCCGAGCCGAACACUCGACGCAAUAAAAGAAAGCCGCCACUUCAACAUACAUAUCAUGUCAGGGGACGAAUUAGGCGUGCAGGUAGCAGACAGGUUUACAAGGGGCAACACAGACGAUGUGUUUGACGGGUUAGAAUACGACACGAGCAAGACGGAUGGAGCACCUCUGCUGAAAGGCGAGGGAAUCAUGUAUGCCCUCAGGUGCAGGCUGCUACCCGAUGAGCCCACGAGGGGACUGCUGAAAGUCCGGGAUCAUGUCAUCGUCGUGGGAGAAGUGGUGGAGAUGAUACCAGGAAGCUGCGUGAACAAGUUUGGGCUGUCGUACGCGGAUCGAAAGUACCGCCAGAUCGGGAGCGUGAUUUCGCAGGAUUGA